CCCUCACCCCCCCAGCCCUCCACCAAACACAAACACAAACACAAAACCAGCAACAGAAUGUCCAUAUCCCAUAUCCCCCCACCGCCCAUAACUCUGGUAAUCUCCAUCCCGGUCCCCCCGGUCCCCCAAACUGAAAGAAGAUGAAAACAACCUAACCCCGAUAGCACAGGAAGACCUCCAAGCCUUCCAGGCCAAACACUUCCCAGGCCGUGGCCUUGCAGUACAAACACCCCUAGCGACCCAUGCCCCUCAGACCCAAAUGAACACUGCCACCGCCUCCGCGCCCGAAGAUCAGUCUUCUUAUUACUAUUAUGAGGAAGAAGAAGAAGAGCAAGAUGAAGACGGACUAGGCUACUACCCCGACGGGGUCAAACGGACCCUCACGGACGAGCAAAUCCAGAUCUUCCGGCAUAGUGAGAUCCAUGCGCUGUUGCGACAGAGGGAGCUACGCGAGGAGGCGGAGAGGGAGCGGCAAGAGGAUGAAGAAGCAGAAGAAAAGGCGCGGCGCGCGGAGAGGGCACUUGAUCGGCGUGAUGAUGAUGACGGAAAGGAGCGCGGUGCUGAUGUGGCGCAGAGCGCGUCUGUUUCUGCUGAGGCUGGUGCUGCUGCCAAUGCUGCUGCUAGCGAAAAGGCUGAACCACCUAGGCUUGGGAAAUCGUCUGCCGGGAAGAAAAGGCAGCGAGAUGAUGGUGAUUCGCCUAUGGAUUAUGGCGAUGCUGGGGGUGGGCAGAGGCAGCAGCAGCAGCAGCAUGGUUCCUCUGGAGCCGCGGGACGGAGUGGUUCCUCCUCCGAUCCUUAUGCGGAUCCGUCCAGGCGGGCGGCUCUGUUCACCGGAAGGAAGAUUAUUUCCUAUGAUGAUUGAGCUGCCUUGGAGAUUGUGACAACACAUCCUGCUCGUCCGCUUUAGGGGCAACCAGCUCGUUGCUUGUUAAAGCCGGUAAGUCCUUGUUUUUCUCGGUUCCACUACCUUGGCAUCCACCUUCUAUGAUGAAAACAUCGUAUCAGUCAUCCUUAGUCGGAACGUCAUACCAUCUGCGGAUGUGUGAGGCUAUGACGACUAAAAUCUUCUCUCUGAAAUAUUCCUUAUUCGCAAUUCUCGUUACGCGUCAAUUUAUGCUCUUAUACUAAGCACUCUCUAGUCCUAU